CCGGAUUUUUUUGUCCCACGAAGUGGUCAUUCGGGCAUUUCUAGUCCACAAGAACCCCUCUAGCGGUCAAUUAAUUUAUUACCUUUGCCUCGCCUUACUUUACUUCAGGUCAGGUAAAGCUUUGUUUGUUUCCCCCUCCCGCCGCCCUCUUGCUCGCGAGCGAAUACCUUCGUUAUCUCGAAUCCGACAAAGAAUCCGUCCCGUAUCUACACAUAGAACAUGUCGGCCUCGCUUCCUGGCGCGCGGGAGCUUCCCGCUUCCCAGUAUGACCUUGAAACAUAUAUGGGACGGGUGCGCCAUACAGUGGGCAUCACAGACCCUACGACCCUGUUCGCGGGCGCGACCGGACUCGAGGCGGCCAAGAAGCUGGUGACGGAUUACAAGAUGGGAAAGAUCGAGCACAUGUCACCAUCUUUGUGGCAUGCGAAGAAGGUUGUUGACUCUACGCUGCACCCUGACACCGGCGAGCCCGUCUUCUUUCCCUUCCGAAUGUCUUGCUAUGUUCUGACCAACCUCGUCGUGACCGCCGGUAUGCUUCAACCUGGCAUGGGUACAGUCGGUAUUGUUGGAUGGCAAGUCUUCAACCAGUCCCUGAAUGUCGCAUUCAACACUGCCAAUGGCAACAAGUCCUCCCCCAUGUCGACCGAAGUCAUGAUCAAGUCAUACCUCUCUGCAGUGGGGGCUUCUUGCUCUGUCGCUCUUGGUCUUAACGCCAUUGUGCCUCGACUUAAGGUCACACCCUCCACCCGCCAAAUUCUCGGUCGACUGAUUCCCUUCGCUGCCGUUGCUACAGCUGCUGGCCUUAACACCUACCUCAUGCGCCGGGACGAGAUCGUCAAGGGCAUCGAUGUUCGACCUGUGCUUUCGGAUGAUGACAAGCAGAAGCUCAUCGCCGAAGGCAAGUCAGAACGGGACGUCCCCUCGCUGGGCAAGUCUCAAUCUGCUGCCAAGCUCGCUGUGUAUCAAACCGCAGCCAGCCGAGUCUUCACAGCGUCUCCUAUCAUGGUUCUACCCCCUAUGGUCUUGUACCAUAUCGAGAGCAGGCAAGCUUGGUACAAGAACCUCAUGCAGAAGGAGUGGGUGCGUUCACGACCAGCCCUCGUCAAGGGUAUUCCCCUGGGCAUCAACUUGAGCUUGAUCGCUCUCACCUCCUUUGCCGUCCUUCCUUUCGCUCUGGCUGUCUUCCCACAGCAACAAGAAGUGAGCGCUGAGUCACUCGAGCCUGAGUUCCAUGGCAAGGGAGGAAAGAAUGGCAAGGUUGUUUUCAACCGUGGCCUGUAAACGGCCUCUGUUGCAUCAAACAAAACCCCUUUAGCAUGAUGGUCGUGAGAACGAUUGCACAUCUUGCUCAAGCUACCGUGCUAUCAUGCUGUCUGAACAGCAGUCGAGAGGCUUUCUUCAGAUCUUGUUGAGGAAGCAACUUGUCACUGGCUAACAAACUAGAAUUGCCUCAAACACGCACGGAGGAACAAAAGGGUUAAAAGUAUGUCUCUUGGUUGGUUUGAAAAU